AUGAUCCUGCAGGGAAAGGUUUGCUGUGGAAAUCCCAAGUUUGCAGCCUUCUGGGGGUCACUCUUCCAUCUCUCGCUCUCAUGUGCCCGGGGCUCUGUGGUGAAUCACCUCGUUGGAGUAGCAGCCAGCACGGGGAAGAUGGAGUUUCAGUAUAUCCUGUCCACCUGGGGCUACCCCAGCAGCCCGGUCAUAGUGAUGGGGAUCAUGCAGGAGAAGGUGCCACCCACACCCAGCCUCAGUUGGCAGCUCAGCUUCCCUACCCUCCAUGAGACCAGCUUAGCCAUGAACUUCCUCCACGGCCUCCAGCCACCCCUGCUCCCCCUGGACCUCACCCUCCUGGGCAGCAGUGUGCUUCGCAAGGUAGAGAGACAGUCAGGACAGCUGGGACACCUCACCCAGCUGGAGGGCACAGGCCUGUGGCGUGGGGUCAUGCCUGCCCUUGACCUGGGAGACUCAGCUGCUCAAAUCGGAACCUCAGGUGAGGCCCAGCACCUGGUGGACCUGAUGAGAUGCUACAGGGGCCAGGACCCCAAGAAGAGGCCCUGCUUCCCAGAGCCCACCCAGCCUCCCUGCCUGGGGCCCAGGGAGCUAAUCCUUGCUGUCCCUGCACCUUCGGGCCACCCACCCAUGCCUCCUGGCCUGCGUGCUCCUCCAGACUGCGGGGAUUACCGGAAACAGGUCCUACAGCUCGCAGACAGCGAGCGCUCGGUCUUAAGCAGUGAGGAGCUGAGCAUCUACUGGAACCAGGUCUGUCCCCUCCACUCCCCGCUGGCCCAGGGAGUCCGCUAUGGAGGAGGAGGAGAGCCUCACCCCACUGCACUUCGAGGCCCAGGAUGGGGACGACCAUACCUCCUGCCUCUCAUGGAACACGAGGACCGGACCCUAUGGCACCUGACUACAUGCAACUUGGGGAACGUGGCACAGCUUCUGGUUUCCCGACCAGCAGACCCCCAGCUUGUGUGUGAGAUGGAGGGCAAGAUGGCUGCCUGCUUCACUCAUGUCAGCCUUGUCAAGCUGCAGGCUGGCCGGGGAGCUGAGCCGAAUGUUCCGCAGAGACACCUGAGGAGGCCAUGCACCUGGCGGUGGUGUGCGGCGAGGGCCAUCCCACACCUGCUAAAAAGUGGGGUGACCUGCUCCUCUGGACCCACUGCACUCUGCAGCUGCUGGGGCAAGUACCUUAUGUGCAAGAUGCGUCGCAGGUGUGAGGCCAGCCGCAAGCUGCCCAUCCAGAAGGACUUGAUGUCCCGUUAUCUAACAGCCUACAAGGGCCCCCUGGAGGUCGUGCACCUGCUAGCUAAGAGCCACAUAGACUUGGGUCCUCUUGAGCUGAACUGGACACUGCUGCACCUGGCUACCUGCCCCGGGAAGGAAGAGGGCACUGCACUGCUGUAGUGUGGAGCCGAUGCCAGUGCUGCUGAGGAGGCCGGCUGCACACCACUCCACCCGCCCGUCGGGGGAGGGGGCACCUUCCUGAGUGCCUUCAACCUCCUGGAGCACUGUGUAGGCGUCUGGGCCUGCAACAAGGUGGGCUGGACCCCUGCCCACCUGGUUGCCUUCAAGGGGACCACAGCCAACCUCCAACCUGCAGCUGCCAAGGGAAGCCAGGAGUGCGUCGGCGAGCAGCACCGGCUGGGUUGUGUCCUAGGACAGCAGUUCCAAGCCCUCCAGCAUGGGUCUCCAGACUCCAAAGAUGACCUGCCCCUGCCCCCCAGCUUCCGCUUCACACAAGCUGGGUGUGGCACAGCCAGCGACACCUGUUGCCAGGAGAGCACCCUCAGAUUCCUGAAGCUCCACUCGCUGCAUCCCGACCCCACUCCCCUGCACUCCUGUGCUGGGGCAGCAACCAUCGCUCGCCUGCAUGCCUACAGCGCGACAGUCAAGAAAGACUUGAAGCCCGCGUGA